AUGCUCUUGUUUUUUUUUCUUCCCAAUUCACCCCCUCUUUUGUGUGGAGGCCUCUACAAAGUAAUGCCAGUCAAACCUGUAUACGAGUGGGAACAGACCAACACCGAAGUCCUCCUCCGCAUCACGAUCAAGGGGUUUAAGAAGGAGGCCAUUGAUAUCUUUGUGUCAGAUCUUUUAGUGAAGGUAAAUGCUUCCCCGACGUAUCUUUUGGUGCUUGACCUGCUGCAUCCCAUAGAUGAAGCGAAGUCUACCCACUUUAUGGAUCCGGAGGACCGAACGUGUUUACGCGUGCGUUUACGAAAACGGGUUCCGGAACUGUGGGAAUCUCUUUGUAUCAACGAAGGGGAGAUUGGCGCCGAAGCCAUACGGGAGCGGCGGGCUGGUGCUAUUCAGCGGGCGGAGGAGUCCUACAACCGGCGGCUAAAGGAACGUGUUGGUAAAAGGGAGGAGGAGAAGCGACGAAUGACGGAGGAACAGUGGGAAGUGGACCGUGCACAGCGGCGUCUCAUAGAGGGGCGAAUGAAGGAGGAGAAGGACUCUGCGGAGGCGGAGUUGUAUUCAUGGGAAGAACAGCAGCGGGCCGAACAGCAGGCACAUGAGGAGAAGAAACGAGCACCCCAAUGUCCCGGGGAUAUUGGUGCGAUGCAAGGGAGUAUGGAAGAAAGAAAAGAAGAGGAGAUGACCCCAUGCGUGCGCCACACAGAAACUGUCGUCGUUCCUGUACAAUUCACAUCGAAAAUGGCGGCAAUACCCACGCGGUCGCGUGGAGAGGAUGAGUACUACCGGAGAAGCCGCUACAAACCGACCCGCGUUGAAGAUAGUCCUAUGUUUUGGAAAGAGCGGGCGGAUAAACACUAUCAACGCCGUGAGUGGAAAGCAGCCGCAGACGCCUACACGGAAUCUAUCAAGCGUGAUGGUGCGUUUCUUAUUUGCGUAUCAAACCGUGCCGCUUGCUUUAUUCAGUUGUUUGAAUAUAAACGUGCUAUUGAGGACUGUACGUUGGCCCUCACGAUGCUGUCCAAUACUCCGGCAAGUGACCUCACACAAGAGCGGUAUCGCUAUCUAAUGAUGAAGCUUCAUUCCCGCCGCGGUGCGGCUUACUGCUGGGGGAAGUGCUUUGAGCGCGGCAUAGAGGAUCUACGGAUGGCGGCUGCUUACUGUGACGCGGAAGAGGAUGCAGAUGUCAUAGCAGAUUACAAGUUAGUGGAAUCAUACAUGAAGAAACGUGGCAUGUUAGAAACGAGGGACCCACUUGCUGCCAAACUGCACGAAGCUUCUUCCAUGUACUAUCAAGGCGACUAUGCCGCGGCUGCCGAUGUUUACCGUCAGGUUUUGGAGGAGGAUCCCUACGAGGUGCGGGCGCGCAACAACUUGAGCGCAGCUCUUCUUCAUCAGGGUUGUUUCAAGGAAGCUUUGAUGGAAUCUUCUCAUGUGCUAGAAUUUUGCCGAGAAGUGGCGGAAGCAUUGAGUUGUCCUGGAGCCCUUUCAACGAAUUUAGUGGAUAGCGAUGACGAGGACGGGGGCGAAGAUGGAGUUGGGGGUGAUGGUGGUGGCUGUGGUGAAGAUGAGGUCAUGCGCAAGCGGAAUGCAGCUGCGAGGAAAGUGGGGGAGAAAAGUGGUCACGUAUACGCUAUUCUCAAAGCUUGUGUGAGGGGGGCCGCCGCUCACUGCGGGCUGAAAGACUAUCGCAAGGCUCUGGAAUUGCUAGAGCAGGCAAUGCGUAUUACGCCAUACGACAAUGAUCUUCACGAUGAUUACAAUCGCGUGGUGGAGAAAAUGCGAAUGGAAACACUGCUCGCGGCUUCCAGUGGGAAAUUGGAGAAGGCACCGUCGAAGACGGCUGAGGCUCCACCACCAGCGAUUGCCACUUGA